GCUUGGUAUUCCCACACUCGAAACCUAUUUGCAUAGGACAGACAAGCGCCUGCGCUGGUUACUGUGACAUCAGACGCAGCAUGGCGGUCAAGGUGCAGUCAACAAAGAGGGCUGAUACAAAUGAACUAAAAGCACUAUUUUCAAAGUACUCGAGUGUGGAGAAGGAUGGGGAGCGUUACAUGACCCCAGCAGAUUUUGUGCAGAAAUACCUUGGACUGCACACAGACCCACUUCACAACCCUAAGACAGUGCAGCUGAUAGCUGGUGUAGCAGACACGACUAAAGAUGGGCUGAUCUCCUUCCAAGAGUUCCUGGCCUUUGAGUCAGUUCUGUGUGCCCCCGAUGCUAUGUUUAUAGUAGCCUUUCAGUUAUUUGACAAGAACGGCACUGGAGAUAUAUCUUUUGAAAAUGUCAAAGAUAUAUUUGGACAGACAGUUAGUCACCAUCAUAUCCCUUUUAAUUGGGACUGUGAAUUCAUUAGACUUCACUUUGGCCAUGACAGAAAGAAACCCCUAAGCUAUUCUGAGUUCACUCAGUUUUUGCAGGAGUUACAAUUGGAACAUGCAAGGCAAGCUUUUGCUCAGAAGGAUAAAACCAAGAGUGGUGCCAUUACAGCCAUAGAUUUCAGUGAUAUCAUGGUGACCAUCCGGUCCUACAUGCUCACACCUUUUGUUGAAGAGAACCUGGUUUCAGUGGCAGGUGGAAGCAUCUCUCAUCAAGUCAGCUUCUCGUACUUCAAUGCGUUUAACUCCUUGCUAAACAACAUGGAGCUCAUUCGAAAAAUAUACAGCACUUUAGCGGGAUCACGGAAAGAUAUACAGGUUACUAAAGAGGAAUUUGUUCAUGCUGCCAAUAAAUUUGGUCAGAUUACACCGUUGGAGAUCGACAUCCUUUACCAGCUUUCUGACCUUUUCGUUCAUACUGGGCGGCUCACGUUGGCAGAUAUCGAGAGAAUAGCGCCACUGGAGGAGGGUGCCCUGCCCUACAACCUGGCAGAAAUGCAGCGGCAGCAAUCUUACGGUGAAGCUGGUCGACCUGUCUGGCUCCAGGCAGCCGAGUCUGCUUACAGGUUCAGUUUGGGCGCAGUUGCUGGAGCCGUGGGAGCUACAGCUGUGUAUCCCAUUGACUUGGUGAAAACACGUAUGCAGAACCAGCGCUCCACUGGCUCAUUUGUAGGUGAACUGAUGUACAAAAACAGCUUUGACUGCGCCAAGAAGGUGGUGAGAUACGAAGGGUUCUUUGGACUGUAUAGAGGUCUCUUGCCACAGCUUGUAGGUGUUGCUCCUGAAAAAGCCAUAAAGCUAACGGUCAAUGACUUUGUGAGAGAUAAGUUCAGCAAGAAAGAUGGUUCCAUUCCUUUUUUUGCAGAAGUUAUGGCUGGUGGAUGUGCUGGAGGUUCCCAGGUGAUCUUCACAAACCCCCUGGAGAUUGUUAAGAUCCGUUUGCAGGUUGCUGGAGAGAUCACCACUGGCCCCAGAGUCAGUGCCCUCAAUGUUGUUCGAGACCUUGGUUUCUUUGGUCUCUAUAAGGGUGCAAAAGCCUGUUUUCUACGUGACAUCCCAUUCUCUGCUAUUUACUUUCCAGUAUAUGCACACACAAAGACGCAACUAACUGAUGAGCAUGGUCACUUGGGUGCGCUACAGCUGCUCACAGCUGGUGCCAUUGCAGGUGUACCUGCUGCCUCUCUGGUAACCCCUGCUGAUGUCAUUAAGACAAGACUUCAGGUGGCUGCUCGGGCUGGUCAGACAACAUACAGCGGUGUUAUUGACUGCUUCAGAAAAAUCCUUCAAGAAGAGGGAUUCAGCGCCCUUUGGAAAGGAGCAGGAGCUCGAGUCUUCAGAUCAUCUCCCCAGUUUGGCGUUACACUGGUGACCUAUGAACUCUUACAGCGGUGGUUAUAUGUUGAUUUUGGAGGAAGCCGGCCUGCUGGUUCUGAGCCUACUCUAAAAUCCAGGAUUCAUGAACUUCCUCCAGCUAGCCCAGACCAUGUUGGUGGAUAUAAACUUGCUGCUGCCACAUUUGCAGGAAUAGAAAACAAGUUUGGUCUUUAUCUGCCAAAGUUUAAGUCUUCUGGUGUUGUUACAAUCCAUCCACCAGCAUCAAAGGAAUCCCAAGGGUCUUAAAUGCAUCAAUGUGCAAUAUACAAUGAGGCAGUUUUUAUUAUUUAUGUACCGAAUUGAACUGAUUGGCUGCAUGUUGGUUGAGCCGAGAUGUUAAAUGGUUUGCUUUUAAGAAACUGCUCCUUUCUGCAUUUAACUUUUUAAAAUAAUAGCAUGAAUAGUGCUUUACGAUUUGCUUUCAGUGUAACUGUACAUAUUGUACAUCUUUGUACAGAAACAUCAUGUCAUUAAAUCACAUUUCUUAAGCAUUGCUGCAGUUAUAAGGAGUUGCUUACAAUGAUGUACAGAUGUUUUAAAAUAGUUUUAUUAAAAUAAAAAAUCACAA